UAUGUUGCUGCGGGCGUCGGGAUGGCUUUUGAGCUGUCGUCGACGAGCUUUGCCACCACGCCCUCUCUCUGACUUUGACGUCGACGCAAACACCGGCUUCAUGCCUCGACGCCCGCUCCCGAAAUUACGAGGUAAAUUCGACCUGUGGGAGGCCGCACUUCGCAGCGCAACGGAGACGCUCGUCCUCGGCUCGGAUGAGAGUGAAGAAGCUGCACAGAAGCACCCGCAGGGAAGCAGGUGGAGGAAGGAGUUUUCUCAGCUCCCCGUACUCGACGUGGACGAGCUCACGUGCGACCUCCGUCUCCUGCAGCGCGCGCACUACGUGCUGGCCUACCUCAUCCACUUCUAUGUGCACUCUAUCCCGGACGGCGAGCUUGAGCCUGGCGCGCCCAUUACCAUCCCCCGGCCCCUCGCCGCUCCGAUUACGGCCGUGGCGCAACACCUGAGGAUGGCGCCGGUCCUCACCUAUGCCGACACCAUACUCUGGAACGUGGAGAAAAUCAACGAGGACGGCCCGCUGACGAUGGACAACCUGCGCACCGAGACUCUAUUCUCGGGCACAGAGGACGAGUCCGCGUUCUACAUGUCCCAGGUCCGCUGCGAACUGCGUGGCGCCGAGCUGCUGGGCAUCAUGGCCGACAUUGCGAACCUGCCGCCCUUGCGCGCGAGGGACGCGGCGAUGGUAGCGGAGGUGGAGGGCGCCCUUCGGCGGCUGUCGGGAGAUAUUGACGAGCUCACCGAGGUCAUGAAGGGCAUUCGCCCGACGUGCGACCCGCAUGUCUUCUACUGGCAAAUUCGGCCAUGGUUCGUUGGUAGCAGCGAAGAGCAUCCCUGGGUCUUCGAGGGCGCAGACGCCGGCGACGACCUUCUUGGUCCCUCUGGCGGCCAGAGCUCGCUCAUGCACGCCAUCGACGUCUUCCUCAGCAUCGACCACGAGCUGCGCUACUCACGCACCCCCGCACCCACCGCCGAAAACCGCAAAGCGGACACGGGCUUCAUGCGGCGCAUGUGGCGCUACAUGCCCGGGGCGCACCGAGACUUCCUGGAGCACCUCGAGCAGGCUCCUUUCCGUGUGCGGGACCUCGCUGAGGAGACUCCAGUGUUGAGGGAUGCGUAUGACGAUGCGGUGGCGGCUUUGAAGCGCCUGCGCGAUAACCAUAUGCGCAUAGCGGUGCUGUAUGUCGUUUCGGCGGGCAGGUCAUUGCCGCCUGGUUGCCCACUGUCCGCCAUGGCCAGAGCGAUGGAGAAGAAGGGGCCGUCCGGGGGUCGAUCGAAGGGCACUGGUGGGAGCGAAGUGUCCGCAUUGCUGAAGGCCGGUAGAGAUGCGACAAGGAGGGCGAUGCUAAAGGACAGCCUGUAGUAUGCAACCUUCAUUGUUGUAGUCGUUCUUGGAUUUCAUGCUGCAUGC